GCGGUUCUAGGCGGGAAGACGGCGCUGAGCAGUAAGGCGUCCGCCUGGGCCAAGUUCAGUAGCCGCUAGUUGCCAUCAUGCCGCCAACCGGCCGUGAGCUGCUGCAGGCCCGGGUCAAGGAGCUGAUAGACAGCAACCGGGUUAUGGUGUUCAGCAAGAGCUUCUGCCCCUACUGCGACCAGGUAAAAGAACUUUUUUCCUCCCUGGGUGCAGAGUACCAGUCCCUGGAACUGGAUGAGUGUGAUGAUGGCGCCGCUAUCCAGGAAACACUGCAUGAAUUGACCGGCCAAAGAACUGUUCCCAAUGUUUUUGUCAAUAAAACGCAUGUUGGAGGCUGUGAUAAGACACUUAAGGCUCAUAAAGAUGGAUCACUGGCCAAAUUGCUUGGUGACAACAGUGUAACAUAUGAUUAUGACCUUAUUGUAAUCGGAGGAGGAUCGGGUGGCCUUGCAUGCUCAAAGGAAGCAGCAUCAUUCGGCAAAAAAGUGAUGGUGCUUGAUUACGUUGUACCCACACCUAAGGGAACUUCAUGGGGUCUUGGAGGUACAUGUGUUAAUGUUGGCUGCAUUCCUAAGAAACUGAUGCAUCAAGCUGCAAUUCUGGGACAAUCACUGAAAGAUUCAAGAAAGUUUGGCUGGGAAUAUGAGGAACAAGUUAAACACAACUGGGACACAAUGAGAGAGGCAAUUCAGAACUACAUUGGCUCUCUGAACUGGGGAUAUCGGGUGUCGCUGAGGGACAAACAAGUUCGAUAUGAAAAUGCUUAUGGGGAAUUUGUUGAACCCCACAAGAUUAAAGCUACCAACAAGAGAGGAAAAGAAUCUUUCUUCACAGCAGAAAAAUUUGUUGUGGCAACAGGAGAAAGACCUCGGUAUUUGAAUAUACCAGGUGAUAAGGAAUACUGCAUUACAAGUGACGAUCUCUUUUCCUUACCGUACUGCCCUGGAAAGACGCUUGUUGUAGGUGCUUCCUAUGUAGCUUUGGAAUGUGCAGGAUUUCUUGCUGGCCUUGGGCUGGAUGCCACAGUCAUGGUGAGGUCAAUACUGCUGCGUGGUUUUGAUCAAGAGAUGGCUAAUCGAGCCGGCGCUUACAUGGAAACUCACGGAGUAAAAUUCAUCAAGCAGUUCGUACCAAUUUCGGUGGAAUUGCUGGAGGAGGGAACCCCAGGGAGGCUUAAAGUUACAGCAAAGGCGACAGAAGGAGACCAGAUCAUAGAGGAUGAAUACAACACUGUAUUAAUUGCUGUUGGGAGAGAUGCCUGUACCAGAAAUAUUGGCCUGGAGAAGAUUGGGGUUAAAGUAAAUGAGCGAAAUGGCAAGAUACCAGUCAGUGAUGAAGAACAAACCAGUGUGCCUUAUGUCUAUGCUAUUGGAGAUAUUUUGGACGGAAAACUGGAGCUAACGCCUGUGGCGAUCCAAGCUGGACGACUGUUGGCUCGGAGAUUAUACAAAGGCUCCAAAUUGAAGUGUGAUUACGUCAAUGUUCCCACUACGGUGUUCACUCCUCUGGAGUAUGGCUGCUGUGGCUAUGCUGAAGAAAAAGCCAUUGAAAUUUAUGGAGAAGAAAACUUAGAGGUUUAUCACACUUUAUUUUGGCCUCUUGAGUGGACAGUUCCUAGCCGGGACAACAACACCUGUUUUGCCAAGAUAAUCUGCAAUAAACAGGAUGAUGAUCGAGUCGUUGGUUUCCAUGUACUGGGUCCAAACGCUGGAGAAAUCACUCAAGGCUUUGGUGCUGCAAUAAAGUGUGGGCUAACCAAAGAAAAGCUUGAUGAGACUAUUGGAAUCCACCCUACAUGUGCUGAGGUAUUCACUACCAUGGACGUUUCCAAAUCCUCAGGAGGAGACAUUACCCAGAAGGGUUGCUGAGGUUAAUUCCUGCUGUUAACUGAUCCCUAGAUUAUCUUCUCUCCUGUGAGGCCAGCAUACUAACCAAACUCAGGUAGAAUUCAUGGCACAUAGUGACAUAUUGCUGCUGGCGAGGAAUUAAAGGAAACUUUGGUUCAUUGCGGCAGUGAGUGUUAUCUCCCAUCGGUGCCGUGUAUUGGCCAGUCGUAGGAGGAAGGUUCUUGGGUGAAUGGUAACAGCAGGGUUACUGUGAUAUUGGGACGCUUUUGGGUGAGCACAUCUCUCGAGUGCUUCUUAUGACGUUUUGGCUCAACACCUCAAAUUGAGGAGAGCUCUGACUGAAUACCCAGGAUCGUUCUGUUCCGCUUUUUAUCCAGUUCUUCACAAACUCAACAUCUAUGUUUGAAUUAAGUCUACUAUGUAUUUGCAGGGUGUGUAUGGGUCUUGUUUGUGCAAAAGUCUCAGCUAUUCAUGCCAUCCUUGCAUUUGUCCUCUAGGGGGCAAUAUCUGGCAGUACUGACAUACCAGACAGGUAUGCAGGGUUUAUCUGUCUUCUAUUUAUGUUGGAUGUCUUGGGGCGUAUGGAAGAGACCACUGCUUAGAUAAAUUUGAAUGAACUUAUGCAUAAGUAUAGCAUUUUUAUGCAUUUCAUGUGAACUGUAGUUAUAUAUAUUUAUAUUUUCUACCGGCUCUUUCCUUUUUGCGUAUUGCACCUCAACAGUGUGUGACCAGCAAUAAACCUAAGCAGGGCGGUGGGGCAGCGUUGAUACUUUAUUUAGUAUUUGUUCUAUGCGCAGGCUGCAUGUUCAUCUUCUAAGCCUGUAGAUGAUAAUAGAGAGAGCAAGGAGUCAACUAACUUGCCACUUCUGCCCAUUGCCCACUCAUGGAGACUUUGUUAUACAAGGGGUUACUUACUCUAGAGCUAGAGAAAGAACCUUUGUUUAGAAUUGUUCAGGCUCUGUGAGAUCCAUGCGCUGUUACAAAAAACCCUACUUGUACAGGAGCUGUUUGUUUCAACAGAAACAGAUCAAUAAAUGACAUCAAUAUUUUCAA